UCAUUUUACUGAUGUAUAAAAUGAGGUUCAAGAAACUUCAUUUAGGACCAGUGUCUCCCAGAUAAAUGAUAUCUUGUGAUUCUCAAAUCACAUCCAUGGAGAACAGUACAGAAGUGACUGAAUUCAUCCUGUUAGGACUAACCAAUUCCCCAGAACUACAGGUCCCUCUCUUUAUCAUGUUCACCCUCAUCUACCACAUCACUCUGAUUGGGAACCUGGGGAUGAUCCUGUUGAUACUGCUGGACUCUCAUCUCCACACUCCCAUGUACUUUUUCCUCAGUAACCUGUCUCUGGCAGAUUUGUGUUACUCUUCAGCUGUCACUCCUGCUGUCAUGGCUGGAUUUCUUCUAGGACACAAGGUCAUCUCUUACCAUGCAUGUGCUGCUCAGAUGUUCUUUUUUGCAACCUUUGCCACUGUGGAAAAUUACCUCUUGGCCUCCAUGGCCUAUGACCGCUAUGCAGCAGUGUGUAAACCCCUGCAUUACACCACCACUAUGACAACAGGUGUGUGUGCACGUCUGGCCAUAGGUUGCUAUGUCUGUGGGUUCUUGAAUGCCUCCAUCCACAUUGGGGACACCUUCAGCCUCUCUUUCUGUGAGUCUAAUGUGGUCCAUCACUUUUUCUGUGAUAUUCCAGCAGUCAUGACUCUGACUUGUUCUGAUAAGCAUAUCAUUGAACUGAUUCUUAUUUUUAUUUCAAGCUUUAAUACCUUCCUUGCACUUUUUGUUAUCUUGAUUUCCUACCUGUUCAUAUUUAUUACCAUUUUGAAGAUGCCCUCAAGACAGGGAUACCAGAAGGCUUUAUCUACCUGUACUUCUCACCUUGUUACAGUUUCCACAUUUUAUGGGGCUAUCAUUAUUAUGUACUUACAGCCAAGUUCCAGUCAUUCCAUGGACACAGACAAAAUCGCAUCUGUGUUCUAUACCAUGGUCAUCCCCAUGCUGAACCCUGUGGUCUACAGCCUGAGGAACAAAGAGGUCAAGAGUGCAUUCAAGAAGGUUGUUGAGAAGGCAAAACUGUCUCUGUUUUGUUGUAAUGCAUAGAAUCUGCAAAAAGUUAUUUCAUUCCUCUUAGAUCUGCUCCAUGAUAUAACUCAACUGUUAAUGAACAUUUGAGAUAUUAGAACAAAAGUUUUGUCUAAUGUUAUUUAUUUCUUUUGUUGAGGAAUAGUUCCAAUAAUCUAAAAUGGAGAAAAAUAUAAUAAUUCUUUUAAAUGAAGUUUAAUUAAUGAAGCAUGUUUUUGUUGGCACAUUUUAUCCAGCACUAAAUAAUUAUAACAGCUUAAUAAUUAAUGUGUUAGUCAUUGCUGAGUGAUUGGGGGAGAAAAAGCAUGUGCAUGUGAAAGUUCCCAAAGGUGAAUAGCCAUGUUAGAAUAAAUGAGAUAUGGUUAAGUCAUUUUAACCUUAGUCUCUGAGUACCAAUUCUUCAC